AUGGAACCAUUUCAAAUAAUAGGAUUUUUAACCGUGGGUUUAUUGUGGGGGACGACUAACGCUUUUAUCGAAAAAGGUACAAGAGAGAAGAAUGAAAGUAGUUAACAGGACAAAUAACAGGAUUUAAAGCUUUCUGAAUCUUAAGAAAUAAUUGAACCUUCAGCAGGGUCUUCCUCUGUUUUCUCAGAUUUAAAGAAGCUUUUUACAAAUUUGAGAUUCGUGAUCCCCUAUGCCCUUAACUAAACUGGCUCGAUUUUGAAUAAUUUCGUGACUGCUACUGCUGAUUUAUCUAUUGCUUUGCCUACCGUAAAUUGCCUUGCUUUUAUCUUCACUUUUAUCACUCAGAGAUUACUCAAUGGACAGUCCUUGAUUGAGUACAAGUUUUUUGCUGGGUGCUUUUUAAUCAUGAUUGGGCUGUAUCUUUCAGUGGUAAAGUGA